UUAUGCUCCCGUACUAGAUGCCUUUUAGGGACUGUCAUCUUUGCGGGAGUCGUGGUUUAGUUUGAUCAUUCCGAUUCUUUUUCAAUCCCAGUUAAUGAUGAUGGAUGAUCAUACUAGAACACUUAAUUUAGUAAAAUGUAGCUUCUAUAUGUGUACAAUUGAUUGGCAGAUUCAUAUGGCUGGUAUCAUUAUAUAGUCAUAUUACUUUCAGUAUUUCAGCUGAAUGCGAGUUGUCGAACAUCAAGGGAUUUUAGAUUUUCCUGUUGGAGUUGGUUUCUUGGUUAUGUAAAUUUUCACCAAUUUAAACUGGUUGAUGCAGUGCGCAAGCCUCAAUUACCUACAAUAAUUGAGCGUGAAGAGGCUUCAAGAGAAGAUAUACAAUCAGAUACAACCACAUGCCAGAAUCAUUCAGGAGAUUCUAUACCAGCUGUUAAUGAAUGUAAUGAAGAUAUAAAUCAAUUGGGUGGAAGCAGCGGUUCUAGUACAGGUACAGCAACUGUCUAACUUUCUUGUAUAGUAUCUGUGCCUGGCUACAAUCUUAUCCUACUGGGACUUUGAUGGGGGCUGAUUGACAAUAGCCUUUUCUUCAGAAAUUUUGCAGGACUUUGAUUCAAAUAAAUCACGAACCAUGCCAAGUGAGUCUUGUAAUUCAGCAUAUGUUCGUGAUGCAACAAAUAGCACCACUGAUGUGUCCAGGAGAGUUAAAUCCUCGAACCUUCGACAGAAUAACAAUUUGCAUCAGUAUGCUACCUCGCCAAGUAUUACCAAGUCCCAUUUUCACACCAAACAUGUAAGAUCAUUAAAUCAGUUAAGGUCUGGUUAUAGAUCUGCCGCUAUGUUUCCAUCACAAAGGAUAUUCUCAUCAUGUAGUGCAAACAACAAAGAUGGUUUCUGUGUCCGUGAUAAUGGUUUGAAUUACAGUCCAAGUACUAGAACGUGGAACAGAAGUGAUCCAUUAAAUUUUAAAGAGAAGUGCAACAUGAACGGAGAGCGUGCAGCCACGGUGGAGUUGACUUGUGGUCCUCGGAGCCAGGGGAGAAAAAGUGUUAUAAGUUCAUUGUCUGUGGAUAACAGGAUGCGGCUCUUAGUACAAAGAGAUGACUAUAACCUAAAAGAUUUCCAGACUGAAUAUGACAAUGCUAAGUUUUAUGUCAUCAAAUCAUUUAGUGAAGAUGACAUACAUAAAAGCAUUAAAUAUAAUGUCUGGUCAAGUACCCCUAGUGGCAACAGGAAAUUAGAUUCUGCUUUUUGUGAUACACAGGACGAUACAAGUGAAGAAGAAAUUGUAUAUCCAAUUUUCCUCUUUUAUUCAGUUAACAAAAGUGGGCAGUUUGUAGGCUUAGCUGAAAUGAUUGGAAAAGUGGACUUUGCCAAAAACUUGAACUUUUGGCAGAGCGACAGGUGGAAUGGGUUCUUUCCAGUCAAGUGGCACAUAAUCAAGGAUAUUCCCAACACAGAACUAAGACACAUCAUCCUUGCGAAUAACGAUAACGAGUCUGUAACAUAUUCCAGGGAUACACAGGAGAUUGAAUUCAAACAAGGUUUAGAAAUGCUUAAAAUUUUCAAGAAUUAUACUGCAAAGACAUCAUUGCUGGAUGAUUUCAAUUUCUAUGAGAAGAGGGAGCACUCACUCAGGGUGAAGAGGAACAACAUGCAGGCUAAUGAAACACAGAUACAUUAUAGAGCAGGACAACGAACAACCAGCAGAGGAUUUACCCCCAAUGGCUGUUCAGACUUCGUAUAGCGCAUUUUCUGGAAAACCCAAAGAUUCUUAGUUCAUGUACCAGAUACUAAGGCUGAUUUAUGUAUCUAGAGGACAGUAAAAGUUUCGAAUCCAGGGUCUUGACUGUUGAGGGCACGGUAAAUGCCAUAGCAUCACUACAUUGUUGGUUAUCUGAACUUGUUCAUUUGGAUUUUUUUUGUUGGAAUA